UGACGCAAAAUAUCCGCGACUCGUGCUGCUUCUGAAAGAAACGCAGGAGGGAAGAAUUGGAAUUGGAACUAAAUGAGGAUUCAGGCAUUCUUUGAGAACUUUUGCUUCGGUAUCGAUAAAAAAUGAACAGCCGUUUACAAGAAAUAAGGGAAAGACAGAAGCUUAGAAGACAGCUUUUAGCACAGCAGCUAGGAGCUGAGAGUGCAGAUAGCAUUGGUGCAGUGUUGAACAGUAAGGAGGAACAGAAAGAAAUUGAAGAAACCAGAGAGACAUGCAGGGCUUCUUAUGACACUUCUUCACCUUCUACUAAACGCAAGUGUCAGAAUGAGGGAGAAGACCCUGAGGAGGCUGUUGAAGAGCAAAAGGAUGAAGUAGAGCAACAGCAGCCUGAUGAAAAUGUGCCAUAUGAAGAAGUGUACAAGGAUUCUAGUACAUUUUUAAAGGGAACUCAAAGCCUGAAUCCUCAUAAUGACUACUGCCAACAUUUUGUGGAUACUGGUCAUAGACCACAAAAUUUCAUUCGCGAUGUAGGUCUUGCUGAUAGAUUUGAAGAGUAUCCUAAACUCAGGGAAUUGAUAAGAUUGAAAGAUGAAUUGAUUGCGACAACAAAUACCCCUCCCAUGUAUCUACAAGCAGAUCUGGAAAAUUUUGACUUAAGGGAACUAAAAUGCAAAUUUGAUGUGAUUCUCCUCGAGCCACCUUUGGAAGAAUAUUACAGAGAGUCGGGAAGCAUAGCCAAUGAGAAGUUUUGGACCUGGGAUGAUAUAAUGAAACUUGAAAUUGAAGAAAUCUCUGCACUGAGAUCGUUUGUCUUUUUGUGGUGUGGAUCUGGUGAAGGCCUUGAUCUCGGUAGAAUGUGUUUACGAAAAUGGGGCUUCCGAAGAUGUGAAGACAUUUGCUGGAUCAAAACCAACAAGAAUAAUCCUGGGAAAACAAAAACUCUGGACCCCAAGGCAGUCUUCCAGAGAACAAAGGAACACUGCCUCAUGGGAAUUAAAGGAACAGUAAGGCGAAGCACCGAUGGAGAUUUCAUCCACGCUAAUGUGGAUAUUGACCUGAUUAUUACAGAGGAACCAGAAAUUGGAAACAUUGAGAAACCUGUGGAGAUCUUUCACAUUAUUGAACAUUUCUGUCUUGGUCGAAGACGGCUCCAUCUUUUUGGAAGAGAUAGCACGAUAAGACCAGGUUGGCUGACAGUGGGGCCAACAUUAACCAACAGCAAUUUUAAUGCUGAAGCAUAUGUGUCGAACUUCAACGUGCCCAACUCACACUUGACAGGGUGCACGGAAGAGAUCGAGAGACUUCGUCCCAAAUCCCCGCCUCCAAAAUCCAAAUCAGAAAGAGGCGGUGGAGCCCCAAGAGGAGGAGGAAGGGGAGGGGUAUCAGCAGGACGUGGAGACCGGGGGAGGGAGCGGAACAGGCCCAAUUUCCGUGGUGACAGAGGGGGUUUCAGGGGACGCGGUGGACCUCACAGGGGGGUAUUCCCUCCACGAUAGAAAUGAGCGGGGAGUCAAGAACCCUCUUUUCUUUUUUUACCCUUUAAUUUAUGAGGGAACAUCAACAUUUAGUUAUCAAGUAGGGAUCUUCCAGAGAGUGGACAUGGGCCUGCAAUUUCUUAUUGGCUAGACACACUUUACCAAGGAUGGAGAGAAUAGUGUAACUAUUUUUAAGUAAAACAUUUUUUGUAUUACAUGUCAGUGAUGAGAAGGUUCUAUUUUUAUUAUUUUAUUAUUUUUUUAAUUACAAAUUUUUGCAAAGGUGUGUAUGCUGGCUGCUUCGAGGAAGUCCUAGUGCCCUCAUCAGAGGCAUUUUAUUGCAUUAAAAAUAAGAAUUUCUAUUUUUGUUAUAUCUGUGGGGCUAAAACUGUCACCUGCAAAGAUUUUAUUUUUUCUACUAUCCACAAAAAGUUAAAAUGUUUUUAUCAUCAGAAUGGUAGUAAUUUGACCUAGCUUAAAAAUGAAACAUGACUGUCUUUGAAGAGAACCAUUUAACAUCUCCAUCCAGUAUCAACUACCCUUCUUUCCCCUUUUGUCUUUUUGAGUUGAAAGGUCUGCAAGCAUUUACGAUUUAUCAUAGAAUUAAAGGUUUUCCCUUAGGUAAUUUGUUAAUUUUACAAACUGGUUUAACUGGUAAAAUGCUAAAUGGCAAAAAAAUAAUUUUUAAAAAGGAAGUGUUGAUUACUAAAUGUUAAAUAUCUCAUCAAACUAGGAUUAAACUAACAUCCCUAUUGUAUUACUGAAAUAAAAAUGCAACUUUA